CGAUCAUGAAGGGUUUGAUUUUCGUUUUGGUCUUCUCUUCGGUUGGGGCUAAUCCUCUGUGUCCCUGUCCGUUGAACUAUGAACCUGUUUGUGGUGUUGAUGGCAAAACCUACAAUAAUGAGUGUCAUCAACAAUGUGUUGGAGUUGCAAAAAAAUCGGAUGGAAAAUGUCCUCCAGUUUGUGCCUGUCAGUUGAUAGAUGAACCAGUUUGUGGUGUUGAUGGUAAAACCUAUAGUAAUCAAUGUGAACUGGACUGUGUUGGAGUUACCAAGAGAUCUGAUGGUAAAUGUCCUCCAGUUUGCGCCUGUCAGUUGAUAGAUGAACCAGUUUGUGGUGUUGAUGGUAAAUCCUAUAGUAACCAAUGUGAACUGGACUGUGUUGGAGUUACCAAGAGAUCUGAUGGAGAAUGUCCAGUUUGUGCCUGUCAGUUGAUAGAUGAACCAGUUUGUGGUGUUGAUGGUAAAACCUAUAGUAACCAAUGUGAACUGGACUGUUUUGGAGUUACCAAGAGAUCUGAUGGGGAAUGUCCAGUUUGUGCCUGUCAGUUGAUAGAUGAACCAGUUUGUGGUGUUGAUGGUAAAUCCUAUAGUAACCAAUGUGAACUGGACUGUGUUGGAGUUACCAAGAGAUCUGAUGGAGAAUGUCCAGUUUGUGCCUGUCAGUUGAUAGAUGAACCAGUUUGUGGUGUUGAUGGUAAAACCUAUAGUAAUCAAUGUGAACUGGACUGUGUACAAGUAACAAAGAAAUCUGAUGGAAAAUGUCCAUGUGCCUGUCCUAGAAAUUAUGAACCAGUUUGUGGUGAAGAUGGUGUAACAUAUUCUAAUGAAUGUGAGUUGAAUUGUGGACAAGUAACAAAGAAAUCUGAUGGAAAAUGUCCAUGUGCCUGUCCUAGAAAUUAUGAACCAGUUUGUGGUGAAGAUGGUGUAACAUAUUCUAAUGAAUGUGAGUUGAAUUGUGGACAAGUAACAAAGAAAUCUGAUGGAAAAUGUCCAUGUGCCUGUCCUAGAAAUUAUGAACCAGUUUGUGGUGAAGAUGGUGUAACAUAUUCUAAUGAAUGUGAGUUGAAUUGUGGACAAGUAACAAAGAAAUCUGAUGGAAAAUGUCCAUGUGCCUGUCCUAGAAAUUAUGAACCAGUUUGUGGUGAAGAUGGUGUAACAUAUUCUAAUGAAUGUGAGUUGAAUUGUGGACAAGUAACAAAGAAAUCUGAUGGAAAAUGUCCAUGUGCCUGUCCUAGAAAUUAUGAACCAGUUUGUGGUGAAGAUGGUGUAACAUAUUCUAAUGAAUGUGAGUUGAAUUGUGGACAAGUAACAAAGAAAUCUGAUGGAAAAUGUCCAUGUGCCUGUCCUAGAAAUUAUGAACCAGUUUGUGGUGAAGAUGGUGUAACAUAUUCUAAUGAAUGUGAGUUGAAUUGUGGACAAGUAACAAAGAAAUCUGAGGGAAAAUGUCCAUGUGCCUGUCCUAGAAAUUAUGAACCAGUUUGUGGUGAAGAUGGUGUAACAUACUCUAAUGAAUGUGAAUUGAAUUGUGGUGAAGUACUUCUGAGGCAUUCAGGCAAAUGCGAAAAGAUAUGUUCAUGUACCAAAAUAUAUGAUCCUGUUUGUGGUGCUGAUGGUAUAACCUAUUCUAACCUGUGUUUAUUAAAUUGCCAGGACGUCAAUUGGGCUUAUAAUGGUGAAUGUUUUGAUCCAUGUGCUAUUUGUCCUAAUAUAUACAAACCAGUAUGUGGAUCCUCAUUGUUAACAUAUCCUAAUGAAUGUUUCAUGGCUUGCAAAAAGGUUAAGAAAUUAUUUGAUGGAUCAUGCCCUAAGUUAACUCCACAUGGAAAUGAUGGAAUACAUAAUAAUCAAGGCAACAGAAAUAACUUUAACACAGACAACUCGAUAGGAAAUUAUGUUGGGGGUCGAGGACAAAGAGGAUUUCCUAUUUAGUAUAAAUUUUUAAAACUCUCCAUUCCCUCUGGCAUAAUGAAUUUCAUUUAAUGUGAUAAUUUAAUUGUAAUGUAUGCAUAAUCAUUUUACUUUGUUAAUUACACAAAUCAAUCAAUUCCAUUCAAUUUUCAUAUUUUUUAUAAAGCAGUACCCUUAUUUUCAUUUAUGAAAAUGAAAAUUCUAAUACUUAUAUGAACAGAAUGUAGAGGUGUUCUAAUGACUUGGAAAAAUGCCAGUUUGUCUCACAUGUCUAUAAUUAAUUCAUAAUUAGCUAAAUUAGAAGAGAAUUACCAGCCGAAUUCCAAUAAGUGACCGAUCAAGAAAGGUAAAAAAGUAUUUUUUAUUUAUCCGAACUGUAUAUACAUGGACAUUUAUGACUGGUUAAAACUCUUAAUUGUAUACAAUAAGAACAUAAUU